ACAACCGAAAUCUUUAUUCUGGAUGUUUAGAAAUGAACUUUACGAGCACAGAUGUAGAAGUUAAAUGCCUAAUAUUUAGAAAAGACAAUGACGAAAAACCCAGUACGAUUAAGCUUCUGAGAUUGACAAGGAAGAACCCUGACUUUGAACCCGAGGGAAAUCCUGAUCUAAGCAAUACAAUUUUAGCUUUUCUAAAAGCGGAAUGGAUGUGGGUGGCUCUAGGUGGUGGAGUUUUAAUGUUACUCAUUGUGAUCACAGCUACAGUGAGAGCUUUCAGGAAAGGCAAACGUGAAGAGGCAAUGGUGCAACGAGCCAGUGUGAACUACGAGAGCUUCACAAAUGAGCCACAGGAGCCAACGCCUCCGUUCCCACAAGGACCUAAACUGGAGCAGACUUACCUCGCCCCCAUAGACUUACAGGAAUCCCCGUACGCUACGUCCCGUCCAGAGAACGACACUUACGCUCUUCCCUACACUCCCAGCAACGUUGAAGAACUCUAUUCAAAACCAGUACCAAAACGUUCAAGAAUAAAUGAACUAUACACCAAAGUGCUCCCGAAGAGCCUUAGAAAACAGCAGGAAUCAUCCAAAUAUGUAAACUCUGCCGAGCUGACCUAUGCUGAAAUUAGUCACACAGGCCCUUCUAAAAAACCCGUGGCUCAUAAACAAAUCCAAAAGGAAGAUAACUAUGCCGCAGUUGUACAUAACAACUAUGUUAAUGUGAAUAAAGAUACAAAAUACGGGAAAGCAAGAAAUGAUGGGUAUUCUGAAGUAGUUCCAAAUACAACUUAUGCAAAUGUCACAAACGAUGUGUACGUGGAACCUAGUUAUUGUGAGUUAGGACGACACAAAUAAAUUAUUUCAAUACCUUAGUAUAAAGGAAACACAUUUAUCAAGCCGGAAGCGGUUCGUAACCGUUUAAACUCGAAGCGGUCAGUAUUCUUUGUAUGAAACUCCGUACUGCAACGCUCACUUAUCCGCACCGUAAUGUACCUAAACGCCUCGCCUCGCGUUGAUAAGUGUUCUAUGACCUUACAGGAUGAAAAUGAAGUCAUUGGCAUCCUUUUAGAAUAAAACUACUCAUAUCAUAAGUCCUUUUCAGUCAAAUGAGUUUUUUUGCCUUUAUUUUUACUAUUUAUUUAUACGUAUUAGUGUGCUCUUAAAGAGUUUAAAAAUAUUCUACAGUCAACAGCCAAACCUACUAGUAUCACUAUUUAACCCGGAAUAGCACGGUCAUAGCACACUUACAAACCUGGAAAGGGAUCAACACCGUAUCGUCUUUCGCCGCAAGGUGAGGCGUUUACAUUACGGUGCGGAUAAGUGUGCGCUACAGUUGGUACACGACGUACGGACUAUGGAGUCUUAUACAAAGAAUACUGACCGUCUAAAGUCGAUACGGUUACGAUCCGCUUCCGGCUUGAUUGGUGUGCUUCAUCCUUUAGAUCAGGGAUGUUAUGGAUAUCCGUAACCGUAACCGAAACUUUCGAAUAUCCGUAACC